AUUGUCAAAGAGAAAGAGGUAUUGCCGGCGUGACAGGAGUUUUGGAACUUAUGAUGUUGUGACAGCCUUAUCAGUAGUGCAGCCUGAGGUCCAUGUUAGUUGGAAGGUGACAGCUUCAUAGUCAGUUGGUCAAGAGUGCGAAAUCCAAACAGACUCCUAGACAUGACUCAUGAUGGUGAAAUCUGGCUGUCCAUGUGUGGGUCAGAAGAUUCAAGCUUUUGGAAUCCCGAGAUGCAUGAUGUUGGCCGUUGCUUCCAGGCAGUUAUGUUGCAAACACCUACAUUGGCUGUACUUGCCACUGUUUCUGCCUAUCAGUGGGGGAAGUCUAGAGGUCUACAGACUUGGACUGGAGCUGGUGCAGCUGCACGUGUGCCAGCUUCAUUGCUUCUUGCACUCUUAGGCCCAUCGCGGCUGCUGGCAGCACGCAUUCUCCAACCUCAACCAUUGUCAGAGCUGUUGGCAGCGGGCACUGGUUUGGUUGCUUGGGCCGCUCAUGCUGGCUGUGCUGCAGCUGGUCCUCCUAAUGCACUUGUUCUUACACCUAUUGUUGCCCAGCUUAUCCUGGUUAUAAUGUCUACACGAUCUUCAGUAUUAUCUGAUGAUGGUCGCUUAGUAUGGGAUGUUGCAACACUGAUUUCAUUGUCUGUAUAUAUCCUGUCAUUAAUACUAUAUUUCAGACGGUAUCGUCAUCGUCCUCGAAGACAGUCCUGCAGGCAUUGUCAAGUUCCUGAGAGUGAAGCCAGUGAAAGAACACCAUUGACAGGCUCUUCCACAGGAGAGACAGUUUGGUAUGGUGGCUUUCAUGAAGAUGAUGACCCUGCUUACUUGGGCACAGCAAGUGAGGGAGCAAAUCCAUUAUCUCGCUUGUUGUUCCUAUGGGUAUCUCCAUUGAUAGAUAAGGGAUCACAUGGACGACUAAAAUCGACUGAUGACUUAUUUGAUUUGCCAUCAUCAUUGUCCCCAGCACUCCUUGGUGCUAAUCUCAGAAAUGCAUUAUCAGAUGGAGCAAGUCUGAUGCGAGCACUUCACCGUCAGUUUGGUGUUGUGUUCUACAGUGUUGGUAUACUGAAGCUGGCAGCUGAUGUAUGUGGAUUUGCUGGCCCAUUGCUGCUGAAUGGUCUUGUGAAAUAUGUGGAGACUGGUGAUGAAAAUCGGCCAUCAGAAGGAUAUGUCUAUGCUUUGGGACUUUGCUUGUCAACACUUUGUGGUGCUUUGUUCUCAACUCAUUUCACAUACCUUGUGGCUCUGGUUGGUUUACAACUUCGUGGAGCUCUCAUUUCAAUGGUCUACAGAAAGGCCAUGUCUGUUCCUGGGCCUGCUCUCUCUUCAUUUUCGACAGGGGAAGUUGUAAACUUCAUGAGCACUGACACAGAUCGUGUAGUUAAUGCCUGUGCCAGUUUUCAUGCAUUUUGGAGUAUUCCUCUUCAGGUGGCUGUUACUUUGUACUUGUUGUACAUUCAGCUUGGGUUAUCAUUUCUUGCUGGUGUGGCAGUAACUGUGCUUUUGAUUCCUGUCAACAAACUGCUAGCUAACAAAAUAGGAGUACUUAGCUCGCGUCUUAUGGCCAGCAAGGACAGGCGGGUGCAGUUACUGGCAGAAGCUUUAGCUGGAAUUCGUACACUUAAGGUUUUAGUGUGGGAAGACUACUUUCUCUCUCUAAUCAACAAGGUCCGAUCAGAAGAGGUGAAAUAUUUGCGAGGACGCAAAUUCCUUGAUGCACUGUGUGUAUUCUUUUGGGCUGCAACACCAGUGCUAAUGUCUGUCCUAACUUUUGGGACUUUCGCUCUACUGGGUGGAAAACUGACAGCGUCUACAGUUUUCACAGGAGUGGCAUUGUUGCAAAUGUUGAUUGCACCGCUAAAUGCAUUUCCAUGGGUUCUCAAUGGCAUUGCAGAAGCUUGGGUGUCAAUUGGUCGAUUGGAGAAACUGAUGCGGUUGGAGGAUUUGGAUCCAGACCACUAUUACAGUAAGAUGCCAACUGAUAGUGGUAAGAUCGUGCUGCAGCUGACGAAUGCUAGUUUCUCUUGGAGCAGUACUCUUUCUGUACUUAAGAACAUUAAUAUCACAAUUAAAAAGGGACAGCUAGUGGGUGUAUGUGGCCACAUUGGAUCAGGAAAGUCAUCACUUCUGGCAGCCAUUGUUGCUGAUCUUGAAUUACAGUCAGGAUCUAUCAGUCUCACUGAUCCAAAAACUGCAGUUUUUGGACUGGUAGCCCAAUCUCCUUGGUUACAACGAGGCUCUGUACGAGAUAACAUACUAUUUGGUCGUCCAUAUGAGCAAGCAAAGUACAGGCGUGUUGUGGAAGCAUGUUGCCUAGAUGGUGACCUCCAGCAGUUAUCGGCAGGGGACCAAACUGAUGUGGGAGAAGCAGGUGCAGCAUUGAGUGGUGGACAGAAAGUGAGAAUAGCACUUUCUAGAGCCGUGUAUCAGGACAUGGAUAUUUAUCUUUUCGAUGAUAUUUUGGCAGCAGUUGAUGUGCCAGUAGCAGCACACAUUUUCCAGCAUUGUGUUCUCGGACUUCUUCAAGGGAAGACACGUAUUCUGUGCACACACCAUGUGCAUUACCUGACCAGUGCUGAUGCAGUUGUUGUAUUGGCACAAGGAGGACGUGUUAGCUCCUUUGGGUCACCAGAUGAAGUCAUGAGUGAACUUGAUGCACAAGAAUUUAAAAAAGAGGAAUCAGAGGUACUUCCUAUUGACUCCAUGGGAGACACUGGAGAUACGAAGGAUCUUACGGUAAUGUCACAGAAUGAGGAACACACAAUAGAGGAAGAAGAGAGAGAGACAGGUGCAGUGGCAUGGAAUGUGUAUGCUAGCUACUGGAAAGCAGUAGGCCAUUUCUUGGCAGUUGCAGUGCUAUUAUCAGUGACAGGGAUGCAAACUUCAAGGAAUCUGACAGAUUGCUGGCUUGGCUAUUGGGUUACACAAGCCAGCAACAAUAAUGUUUCAACAGAUCAAGACCAGAACUUUUAUUUGACUGUAUAUGGUUCUCUGGCUGCAAGUAAUCUUAUAUUCACUUUAGCAAGAGCAUACCUCUUUGCAUGGGGUGGCAUUCAAGCUGCUGUGAUCAUUCACCGCCGUCUUCUGAAUAUCAUCAUAAGGGCAAAAGUAUCAUUUUUUGACACCACACCUCUGGGACGCAUUUUGAACAGAUUUUCCUCAGACACAUACGCUGUUGAUGAUUCGUUGCCAUUUAUACUCAACAUCCUUCUUGCACAAGUCUUCAGUCUAUUAGGGACGUUAGCUGUCACAUUGUAUGGAUUACCUUGGCUUGUACUGGUUGUGGUCCCACUGGUGCCCAUCUACUAUCGCUUGCAAGCCACAUACCGUCUAUCAGCGCGAGAACUGAAACGCCUUUCAAGUAUUACUCUUUCACCUGUCUACAGCCAUUUUUCUGAAUCUCUGGCUGGUCGCACAACUGUGAGAGCUCUUGGAGGAAUUUCCAGAUUUUGUGAGGAGAAUGAUCGUCACCUGGAGGCAAGUCAGAAGUGCCAGCUGGCUGCCCGUGCAGCAGAGCAGUGGAUGGGGCUAAGGUUGCAGCUAGUGGGGGUCGCUGUGGUGGGAGGAGUUGGACUAGCUGCAGUGGUGCAGAGACAGCUUGGCACUGCAGAUGCUGGUUUGGUGGGACUUGCCAUAUCUUAUGCUCUAUCAGCAACAGGUGUAUUAGGUGGUGUUGCAAAUGCAUUUGCAGAAACAGAACGUGAAAUGGUGGCUGUGGAACGAGUAUUGCAGUAUGUCCAAAGUGUUGAGAAGGAAUCUCAAGGUGGUGAACAACCACCAUAUGGGUGGCCAGCUCAAGGAGUUGUGUCCUUCAAUGAUGUUGUCUUGCGUUACAGGGAGGAUGUUGUAGCUUCACUCCAGGGAGUGAGCUUUGAGACUCGACCUGGAGAAAAACUUGGUGUGGUUGGACGCACUGGAGCAGGAAAAAGCUCUCUUUUGGCAGCACUGUUUCGUCUAACAGAUCCUUCUUCAGGGAGAAUCACUAUAGACCGUGUAAAUACUGCUUCCCUUUGUCUCUCUACUUUAAGGUCCAGACUGGCAGCAAUUCCUCAGGACCCAUGGCUGUUCUCAGGAACAGUGCAUGAAAAUCUUGAUCCAGAAGGACGGCACUCACCUGCAGAGCUAGAGACUGCUCUGCGACGUGUUGGGCUUUGGGGAGCUGUGCGAGCUCUUGGUGGUCCUGCUGCUGAUGUUGGGCCUGGUGGAAAGAAGCUUAGCACUGGUCAAAGACAGCUGCUAUGCUUGGCACGUGCUGUACUGCGCGCAGCAAAGGUAGUGUGUGUGGAUGAAGCAACAGCCCACGUUGAUGCAGAGACAGACCGUGCCAUACAGUGUGCUCUUCGAAAUGCCUUCCAACAGAGCACUGUUAUUUGUAUUGCGCACCGUCCUCAUGCUGUUGCUGACUUUGACAGGGUGAUUGUAAUGGGUGGUGGCAAAGUUCUUGAACUGGAUUCUCCAGACGCUUUGCUAAAAGAUGAGAAAUCCCAUUUCUAUCAGUUAGUUGGCCCACAACUGCAGAUGCGUUUUUCUUGAAGAAUGCAUGAUACUGCCUAAAUGGGCAUCACAUGAAGGAAGAGAAAAUGGAACAGGAGUCAUUACAUCCUUUCAUGUCAUGUCUCUAGUUGUGCCUUGAAAAUGUAAAGUGUAAGACAUUGUGUGAAAUCACAAAUUCAACUGUGCAAAUUAAUGUGCAUACCAAAGUUUUGUAUGAUACUGAUUUUUAGUGUAUAAUAUACUUAAACUAGAUUUGUGAAUGGUAUUCAUUAUGAUCUCAUUGAAGUAGAUACAAAGACAGGGAAUGCUUGUAACCUUAUUUAUAUACAUAAUAUACAUAUAUAAUGUAAAUGUUUCAGUGUUAAAUUGUUAAAACAAAUACUAGAUAUAUGAAACAAUGUGUCGGGUGAAUUAAAAAGAAACAGUGUUUAUCAUAUUGAAUAUGUUCCUGAUUGCAGUUUUUUUAUAAUGAAAUUAUAACUCAUAAAAAUGUCUGUGACGUGAUAAUGAGGACAAUGCCUCAACUUAUUCAGUUGCAAAAUUCAUUUAUCCCAUGGAUGUUUGAACUGUGUUUCAAUAAAAUUUUAUUUUACUAAU